AUACAGAAACGGUGUCAUCUAGUUAGGUAGUUUCCCUUUGUAGUUGCAGAUGCCCUUUUCAAGCCCAUUUCCUAUUUGAGUAGCACCAGCACUUCUGUCCUGCUGUCCUUUUUUCCUGACAUAAGCCUGCCCCCAUCAAUGUCGAACAAUCCGUCUGUACCGUCACCACCUCCUUUUCCAGCACGAACGACGAAAACAUCUGAAUCGACGACGGUCAAUCAUCAUCCACUGACUGAACUGAAUUGUGAUUUAGCUAAUAAUGUUAUCACAAGCACAAAUCUAAACCAGCAUCGACAUCAGCGAGUGACAUUCAACGCAUCCGGUGAGUGUGCCUGGGCCACCCAAUAUCCCGAGAUCCAGAAAGCAUGCUACCUUCGACAAGUUUGCCAAUUUGCACCCCCGAAGGAGUUACGCCUCCAAAAUGUUACUCCAAUUUUGCAGGUAGGACCAACCUGCGGAUUAACUGCCCUAAGUAUGCUCUUCGAAGGAGCUCCUUCGGCGAAAACGUUUCUUGAGCUGGCCAUUGCCAAAGGAUAUUCGAAUAACGGCGAAAUGUUCAGUACCAAACAGUUGAACGAACUGUUCGCAAUCGGAUUAGAUGAGAACCGACACUUGGUAGAGUACAAACCCGUGGAGCAUCACGUCAUUGCAGGUUGGAUGGAUGAGCCGAGCAUCCAGAUACAGCUAAGAUGUGGGUCAAUCUUUUUGGUGCCAUAUGACCCUGAUCGAGAUCAUACUCCAUGCCUAAAUCGUGGUCACAAAGCUCACUGGGCUCUUAUAAUUGGCUACCUUAUUGACCAAUUUAAUGAUUUCUACGUAUUCGCUCGACAUGGAAAAACGAAAAACCUCGCUUUAUGGUCACUGCGUGACCUAGCUCGUAGUAAUGCUAAUCUAGAAGAAUUUUGCCAACCGAUAGGGCAUCCGAACGAAACCUUUAUUCUGCCAGAAGGCGGCAUAGGAGGCCGCAAUGGUCUUAGAUGUAAAUUCAUCAUGAUCGAACAUUACAGGGCCAAGGAAGAAAUAAUUUUGUAACUUUCGCAAUCAGGCAGCUUUACUUCGAUUUUCAUGACUCGCUCAAAGCGUAAAGGGCCAACCUUAUUUAUUUUAAUUUGUUUAUUUAGUGUUACCGAGAGCUCUCAAUUGUUUAUGGGUAUUUAUUUAUUUACUUCAAAUUCAAAUAUUUACUUCUACACAGAUCAACAACUAUUUUUAUAUCGCAAAUAUUGUGACCGAUGAAGCAGUAUUCGAACCUAAGUCACAUGAAUCUGUAAAACAUGGCUUUCUCUCAUGAUCAAGCGUUUCUGUGUUUCAUGUACCCAUAAGAUUAUGUUUUGAGGAAACUAUGACAAAUAAAUUGCAUCCAAAAAAGUC